CUGCAUCCACAUGGUCCUCCAGAAACGGAGCAUACAGUAUCACUUGAUUGUGAUGAGAUAAUCUACUUGGAAUCUCCACUUGGCAGUGAUGAUAACAUGUUCCAGCUCCCUAAUCCUAGGCCUGCUCCAUCUUCAUCAACUUCUGAGGCAAGCCCUUCACCUAGCACACCUUCCACUCAAGCUAGUAGGAGUAAAAGGAAGGUGUCUGGACCACAGGACCCCUCUCCACUUCAUGAAGCAGUGUCUGUUCUGAAGUCAAUUGCAGGACCACCAGUAUCAGGCUUACCAUAUGUAUGUGGCCUUAUGGUGCAAACUGUUUUUGAAAAGUAUCCAGAAAGCAAGCAUCUUGAUCUUGCAAACCGUUUAACCACCUUCUUAAAGGAGCUACAACUGGAGAAAGCAGAAAGAUUAGAGGAAUGUGCCAAUAAAGCGAGCAGAGAGGCUUCUCACGCCACAUGUGGUGUGAUGGAUGCAACCUUCAGCUCGUGUUCCUUCCUCAGCCUCACCCACUCAAGGUGCACAAUCACUAUGUUCCUCCUCGAGGAGUUCAUCUGAAUGCUCGCUUCCUCCUGUUGCCUCUCCAUGUGGUUCUCCCUCCACUACAAGGCCAACCAAGAAAAGGAAAAUUAAACAAGCCAAGGAAGUUAUGCAAGUUGCUCUAAGGAAAUUAUUGUCCCUUCCAAACCAUUAUGAAAGUGAUCCAUGUUUAGAUUUUGGAAGGGUUAUUGGUAAUGAGUUGAAGGGCAUGAAGGAAAUGCAGAGAAAACUGGCAAAAAAAUUAUUGUAUGAUAUCAUUCACCUAGGGAACAUGCAAAUGCUGACUGCAUAUCAUCAAGUAUUAGAAUUGAGGAGUAUGAAUUCCUCAGAAAUGUAAUGAUUUGCAAAUAUUAAUUCAGUUACAUAUUUGC